AUGCUGAGUUUCCAAUCGAGGCAAGCCGCUCAAUUUGCUAUCCAAAGAACAAUGUCUGUUCUCGCCGGAGUCAAUACCAAAGUUCUUAAAAAUGGUGACGCAGCUCCAUCUCCUCCAGCAGCCGGAACUUUCCGAAUCUACAAUAUGCGUUUCUGUCCAUGGGCUCAGCGAGCUCUGAUCUAUGCAUCUGUGAAACAUAUUCCAAGUGAAGUCAUCAAUAUCCAUUUGAAAGAGAAACCAGAUUGGUAUUUCUCAAAACAUUACAAGGGACAAGUGCCAGCUUUGGAGCAUGACGAAGGAAAGAAACAUGUGAUUGAAUCAGCUCAUAUUCCUGAAUAUCUGGAUGAUUUAUUCCCAGAAACUCGUAUUCUUCCAAGUGAUCCAUAUGAGAAGGUCAAGCAAAAGUUGCUCUUGGAAAGACUUGGUGCAGUGGCUCCGGCCUUCUAUGGAGCAGUUCAAGCUGCCAGUAAUCCAGCUGUUCGAGAGGAGAAAUACGCUGAGUUGGUGAAAGCUUUUGAGCAAGCAGAGAACCUGUUGACUUCAGAUUUCUAUUCUGGAAACUCGAAGCCAGGAUUCGUCGACUAUCUCAUUUUCCCGAACAUUCAACGCUCCUUCUGGCUUUCCCACAUUCUCAAAGAUUUCCCGUUAUCAUCCACCUCAUUCCCAGGGCCGAAUUAUCCAAAACUGACAAAGUGGUACAAGACAUUGGAAUCAAUUCCAGAAGUUGCUGCUGCCAGUCAGCCCACUGAAGCAGGCGUCGGAUUCUUCAAAGAUUAUAUGACAGGAACACCUAAUUAUGAUUAUGGAUUGUAA